GGGGAUUCUUUCUACCGAGAGAGUGCAAAGAGCAAGCAGAAGACGCCGGUAACAGCGGUGGCUCUCUCUUCUCUAUCAAAGGGUCUCUUUCAUUUCACCCUUCUUCUCCCCUUUUACUUUUCCGCACCCCCAUUUUCCCUUUUGACCUUUGACCCAACCCAACCCAACCCAGCCCUCCACAUUCCGCAACUCCUUUCUUCCUUCCUUCUUCAAUAUCAAUUUCCCUUCGUUUUCAACCACCAAUACACAAAAAUAAAUUUCAAAAUAAAAAGAAAACCAAAACUGCCAUUCUUUUAUUUCUCUUGUUAUUAUUGUUAUUACUAUAAUUUUCAAACAAUACAUUUUUUUUUGUUAUUUCGCUUCCCUUUGAAUUCUCCUCAUUCUGUUGAACCGAUCCCAUCCAUUCCUGCGUUUGUUUCUUCCUUUAGAAGGUGACAUAAGACUGUGUUGUCUACACCAAGUUAGGUUCUGAAACUGACCUACUUGGUCGAGGAACCUGCAUCUGCUAGACAGCAUUCCUCAAUUUCUGCUGCAUGUGGGCUCUCCUUCAAGUUGCUACAUCUUUUUAUACAUGGGGAAGUGGAUUGUUGGUGCUUUCAUCAACCUUUUUGGUAGCCUUGCUAUAAACUUUGGCACCAAUCUUCUUAAAUUAGGGCAUAACGAGAGAGAAAAACAUUCAGUAAUUGGAGGUGACGGGACAAGUGGAAAGCUGCCUCUUAAGCCUAUUAUACACUUUCAGAUUUGGAGAGUUGGUAUCUUACUUUUCAUUCUUGGAAAUUGCUUGAACUUCAUUUCCUUUGGAUAUGCUGCUCAGUCACUUCUUGCUGCCCUUGGAUCUGUUCAGUUUGUAUCUAACAUUGCAUUUGCCUAUUUUGUCUUGAACAAAUUGGUAACUGUCAGGGUAUUGGUUGCCACUGCCUUCAUUGUUCUUGGCAAUGUUUUUCUAGUUGCUUUUGGUAAUCACCAAUCACCUGUUUUGGUCUUAGUUAUUGCUUUGCAUCACUUCAUUUACAGGAGAGGAGAACUGCUUUCCGUAUCAGGACAUAACCUUAGACCUUAUUGGCACAUGCUUCUACCUUUCUCCUAUGCGAUAGUUUCAGGUGCUGUAGGUUCAUGUUCAGUGCUGUUUGCAAAAUCUCUGUCGAACCUCCUUCGACUUGCCAUGUCUGGUGGUUAUCAGUUACACAGCUGGUUCACAUAUUCAAUGCUUCUUUUAUUCCUCAGUACAGCUGGGUUUUGGAUGACCAGGUUGAACGAAGGACUGUCCUUGUUUGAUGCAAUCCUUAUUGUUCCCAUGUUUCAGAUAGCUUGGACUUUCUUCUCCAUCUGUACAGGAAUUAUUUACUUUCAAGAGUACCAGGUAUUUGAUGCAUUAAGGACGACGAUGUUUAUACUAGGAAUGACUUGUGUAUUCGUCGGCAUUUCUUUGUUGGCACCUGAUGAUUCAAAAGGUGCUGAGGCCAAAGAUAGUUCUUUGGAUUCGAUGGCAACCUCUGGAAUUGCAACGGAAUCAAACAGGUUGGUAGCGACUCAGGAAGAAGCACAAAACACAGAAUCAAGAUCAUUUGUAAAAGGAACGCUGAUGAAGAUUUCAAGCAUGCUAGUCAAAGCCAAGAAUACUUGUGCAAUGUCUCUUGGGUUUGGGGAGGAUACAAUUCAGGCAUCUUCAGUUCUUGUGAUGCCAAUGAUGUCAUCGAGAAUGACCGGAUUCAGAGGUGGUGGGAUCGAGCGAGCGAGGUUUUUGUCGAUGAGAAGUUGGAGCAAGGUCCCCAAAGAGGAAGGCGAGGAAUUGCUUGGAACUAGCCACGCUCUCCCGGAGAGUCCUUGAUAGUGGUAGUUAUAGGAUAACCCAUGGCCCCGAUAUUUGUUUCUUAUAGUUUGUCUUCGCCACGUUUUGUAAUAUUUGGAGGCGCUUAGAUCUAAAGCCAUUAGAAUUCAAUUAUUUGCUCUACCGAGCAUUCAUGUAAAAUCACCCAAGAAAAAAAAUGCACCCAAAACAAGAUUGUUUCAACUUGUAUAUUGUAUAUUGCUGCUUGUAUAAUGAAAAGAAAAUAAAAUCAGAGUGAGAUCGAACUGUGAUUAGUUGGCAGUUUUA